GCGUGCAUGUAGUACAUAGACUGUAGUGUUGUGCAGGAGCAGCAGACUCCCCGCAGGUUACACACACUGCUGAGAGAUGGCUGACAGAAAGGAGUAACUUAGUGAACGGUGCUGCAAACACUGUGACCAUUCAGCAACUGUCUCGGGGCACUACUACACCAUGGAGCAAGAAUUUGAAGACAUUGAUUCGGCCGGGAGAUGGCAAAACCUUUACAAUGAGAUCCGUAACCAAGCUGGUGAAUAUCCUUACAAAGUGGCAAAACUUCCAGUGAAUCGGAAUUUAAACCGCUACAGAGAUGUCAGCCCAUAUGAUCACAGUCGUGUGAAACUUGAAAACUCUGAAAAUGACUACAUCAAUGCAAGUUUAGUCAUGGUGGAAGAAGCCCAAAGAGCUUACAUUCUUUCUCAGGGGCCUUUGAGGAAUACCUGUGGUCAUUUCUGGCUGAUGAUUUGGGAGCAAUGUUCCAAAGCUGUUAUUAUGCUCAACAGAGUCAUUGAAAAGGGAUCUGAAAAGUGUGCACAGUACUGGCCCACCACAGAGGAGCAACAGAUGUCUUUCACAGACACAGGAUUUGUUGUCAGGCUACUUGCAGAGGAGGACCAAUCACAUUACACCAUCCGGGUGCUAGAACUGCAAAACACAAUGACGGGAGAGACGAGGGAGAUCUACCACUUUCACUACACCACGUGGCCUGACUUUGGUGUCCCGGAAUCUCCAGCCUCCUUCCUCAACUUCCUCUUCAAGAUUCGAGAGUCUGGCUCGUUGGGAGCGGAGCACGGGCCCUCGGUGGUGCACUGCAGCGCUGGGAUUGGACGCUCUGGGACUCUCGCCUUGGUGGACACAUGCCUGGUCUUGAUAGACAGGAGGAAGACUCCAUCAGUGGACAUACAAAAGGUGCUACUGGACAUGAGGGAAUACCGCAUGGGCCUGAUUCAGACCCCUGACCAGCUCCGCUUCUCCUACAUGGCUGUCAUCGAGGGAGCCAAGCUCAUCCCGACAGUCAACCCAGCAGCCCAGCAGAACAAGCAGAAAGUGAUAUCCAAAGAUGUCUUGGAGCCAGAUCUGUCCCCUCCACCACCUCCACCCAGACCUCACCUUAAUGACAGCAAGCCCAAUGGUCAGCCAUCACCCUGUGUGGAGCCACAGGACCCCUCAGAAGACCACAUACCGGCAGAAGAUCCAGAUGGCCAAGAAGACAACACAGCAGAAACUUUGGGGCAUGUCAGAAAGCGACACCGUGAAGAGAGAAUUGCCAGCACCUCACAGAAGGUCCAGCAGAUGAAACAGAGACUGACCGACUCAGAGAGGAAACGAGACAACUGGCUGUACUGGAGACCCAUUCUGCUCAACGUUGGUGCCGGGGCGGCCGUGGCUGUUGGCCUGCUGGUGUGCUGGAUGUAUUCCCAGUAAAAACACUUUGGGUCGCUUAAAACUGACUCCUAUUUUGCACCAGUACCUGGGAUUAGGUACUUCUCUAAGUAGAUGUAGAUGGUAAUAUGUGCAUAACUGAGGGUAUUUAUUUCUUAAGGUCAAAAUGCGGGCGCGCUAUAUCAAAUGAUUGUGUGCAUAUUUUCAUGUAAGAUCUUAACAAUAGUUACAUCUCAGGAUCUUGGUGCCAGCACGAUGAUUUAAUUUCCUUUCCUUCUUGUCACUGUUGAUGAAUGUACUGUAUAAUGGCAAAUCGCUUUGAAAGAAACUUAAAGGUGCAGUACAGAGCAAAAAAAACGACAUAAUUCUGACAGGUUUGUUUUUGCAUUCUUUAUUUGUAAAGGUCAGAUGUGUGUUAAUCAUCUGUGGACAUGUUUUACAUUUCAAAAUGAAUUGUGUUAACUGUUCAUCCUACCAUGGAUGUGUAGGAAGCCUCCACAGGUCAGCUAUGCGACUUUUUUGUUGUUUUUCUGUAAUGAAAUUUGCAUAUCAUGCAUGCAUUUAGAAGUUUUCCACAGCACCACUUGUUCUUCCAUUUAGCAGGGCAUCCCAAAACGGCCAGAUAUAUAUUUUUGUGUGAUGGGACACUUCAUGGAGGGCUGCCUUGCUGAUGUUUCAAACUUUGCUAGAAUGUUAACCUUUUUAUUUUCUGUUUAUAUGAGCACCUUUUUUUCAUAGGUUUUGGUUGUCACUUGGAUCAUACAAGCUUUCCGGUCCCUCACCACUUAGUGUGUGUAUAUUCCCACUGGAUGGGCGCAUGCGUAUAUUUUCAGGUUGUCCCACUAUUGUUUUUGCGGAAACCAAAGCAAAACUGUCCGUGUUUGAAAGGUAACAGUCAGGCAAGCUGUUAAUUGAUGAAAUCUUGUACUCCCUUUAUGUGGAAUGUAUUUUCUUUUCUUUUUUAAAUUUCUGACAGAACUGACGACUACAUUACAAAUUGAUAGUCCCAGUG